AUGGCGACCACGGCGGUGCGGAGCGGGAAGGCGAGGGGGGCGGAGGACCCACGGCGGCGAGACCUGUGCCGCUCGCGGAGGGAGAUCCCUGUUGGCGUUGUCCUCGACGGGACUCCGCGGCGGGCUGAGCGGCGCCGCCGCUGCGUCCUCGGCUUUGGCCAGCGGCAACUCCCCCCUUAUCGUUCCCCCUCGCUUGGCUCUGGGCCCGCAGACGGCAGACACACCGUCGUGAUCACGACCUCAACCAUCACGCGAGCACUCUCUGUGCGAGGCGGGACUCUCGUGUCUGCUGCGCGGUGCUUGCCUUCCGUGGGCGUUGGCGCAUGGCAUCUGCUUCGCGCUUGCGCUGCAGAGUAA